AUUUCACUCUAAUAAGUUAUAUGAAGCGCCUCAAAAGCAAAAGAGAGAAUCAGAUUUAAUUUUCUGAGUUUUUCAUUUCUAUAAAUUUUUUCUUUUCUUCCCUAUUAAGAAAAAGGAACGUUCUGUUUGGGACUUGCUUGCAUAGAUUGUAUCUUUCUCCAUUUUUAAUCACUCGCCUCAUCUCCGAGUAUAACUUUCUUCCUCAAUCAACUAGGGUUUGAUCCAACCCAUCAGGUUCACCUCGAUUUCUCAGACGCAUCCGCAACUGUAUUCUGUAUGCUUGUCGUUCAUACCCUUACUGGGGCUAGGAAGUUUGGAGUUAACAAGCAGAGAUUGGCAGAAGAUGCUUUUGAGAAAAAAUCGGGAUGAAGAAUCGCUAUCUUGUUUAAUAUGCUUCUUGAGAGAAGGAGGAUGAGUGUUCAUGUAUUAUACAGAGUGGAAUUUCCUAUGUAUGAAUUUUGUUCGAAGAAUGAGACUUAUGUGGUGUGAUUUCUGUAUGUUGUUUAGACACACCGAGGUUUAUGAUCUUAAUUAGGAAUUUGUCGUAGUUAACUUGGAUUGUCACACAACCAAGCAAAUUAUAGUAUUAUAAAACUAAUACAGUUGCAUCUUUUAGAAUUAUAUAGUCUAGGAAUGGAUGAUGAUAGAGAUUUUGAGUUGUUCUUUUACAGUUGGAAUGCAAAGAAUCCAACUGAUCGGCUUUUCUUUGUAUCUUGUUUUGUUGCUGCUCUUGUUGGAAUAUUGACCAUAGCCUACACGGCCUUUCAAUGGCGGAGAAACAUCAAUCUAAGUUGGAUGAAAGCCAUAGCUAGAUCUAAAAAAAACCCAAAGGCGAGGCACAAAGUUCCUGUGGCCCCUCAUGCAUGGGAGUUAGAAUCCGUGUCUCGUGCAAAGAAUUUAAACUGCUGUGUAUGUUUUAAGUCCAUGUCACCCUCUCAAACACUUGGGCCUAUAGUGGCUUCUGAAGGCUUCAUCCACCGUUGCUGUAUUUGUGGUGCUGUGGCUCAUUUAAGCUGUUCCUCUAGUGCCCACAAGGACUGCAAGUGUGUUUCAAUGAUUGGAUAUGAGCAUGUCACACACCAAUGGGCUGUUCGUUGGACAGAUGUAGCUGACCAACCUGACGAAACUGCUCUCUGUAGUUACUGUGAAGAGCCAUGUGGUGGGACGUUCCUCAGUGGCUCUCCUAUAUGGUCGUGCUUGUGGUGCCAACGUUUAGUACAUGUUGAUUGUCAUAGUACAAUGUCUAAUGAAACGGGUGAUAUUUGUGAUUUGGGCCAAUUUAGAAGAUUGAUACUAUCACCACUGUAUGUGAAGGAAUUAAACUGGAACAUGCCAGGUGGAUUUUUGAGCUCAAUUACUCAUGGGGCAAAUGAGAUAGCAUCUUCUGUUCGGGCAAGUAUUCGGAACCAGAGCAAAAAGUACAAGCAUGAAAAUGAGCAAUCUGUCGAAUCAGGGAAUACUGAGAGCAUUGGUGAAAUGUCCACAGAAAGUACAGGUAAUUCUCAUCAAAUACAGAAUGGUCAUCAUGAAAUGGAUGAAAAAGGGAGCUCAAAUAAGGAGGUACGACAUCAAGAUAGUGAAGUAGAAAAUAAGAUGGAUAGAAAACCCAGUCUUGGACGCAGUUCAUCAAUCAAUCAGAGGGAUGAAUCCCACACGUUAGGAGUGAAGCAGAAAUAUGAUUUGGUUGAUUUGCCUCCAGAUGCAAGACCAUUGUUAGUUUUUAUAAACAAAAAGAGUGGUGCCCAACGAGGAGACUCACUCAGGACACGUCUGAACAUUCUUUUAAAUCCUGUUCAGGUGUUUGAAUUGAGCUCAACACAGGGGCCAGAAAUGGGACUGUAUUUAUUCAGAAAGGUGUCUCACUUCAGAGUUCUUGUAUGUGGGGGAGAUGGUACUGUUGGUUGGGUUCUGAAUGCGAUAGACAAGCAAAAUUUUAUUUCCCCUCCUCCAGUUGCUAUUCUUCCUGCUGGUACAGGAAAUGAUCUUGCUAGAGUUUUGUCCUGGGGAGGUGGCAUGGGUCCAGUGGAGAAGCAAGGGGGCCUUAGUACAUUUUUGCAUCAAAUAGAACAUGCUGCUGUUACUGUUCUUGACAGGUGGAAGGUAACAAUUAGUAAUCCACAAGGAAAGCAGCAGCUGCAACCCACAAAGUUUAUGAACAAUUAUCUUGGAAUUGGUUGUGAUGCAAAGGUUGCUUUGGACAUUCAUAAUCUGCGUGAAGAGAAUCCAGAAAAGUUUUAUAACCAGUUUAUGAAUAAAGUUCUAUAUGCAAGAGAGGGUGCAAAAAGCAUUAUGGAUAGGACAUUUGCGGAUUUACCUUGGCAGAUUCGUGUUGAGGUGGAUGGAGUUGAAAUUGAGGUCCCUGAGGAUGCAGAAGGCGUGCUUGUUGCAAAUAUUGGGAGUUACAUGGGAGGUGUAGAUUUGUGGCAAAAUGAGGACGACAAUUAUGAUAAUUUUGAUCAACAAUCUAUGCAUGAUAAGGUACUUGAAGUUGUAAGCAUAUCGGGAACAUGGCACCUGGGAAAACUUCAGGUAGGGCUUUCUCGAGCUCGAAGACUUGCACAAGGACAGUCAAUUAAGAUACAAUUGUUUGCCAUGUUUCCUGUUCAAAUUGAUGGAGAACCUUGGUUUCAGCAACCCUGCACAAUUGCCAUAAGCCAUCAUGGCCAGGCUUUCAUGUUGAAGAGGGUGGCUGAGGAGCCUCUUGGCCCUGCAUCUGCAAUAAUUGCUGAAGUACUUGAGAAUGCUGAAACACACAAUGUAAUUAAUGCUUCACAAAAGAGAGCUCUUCUUCAUGAAAUGGCGCUGAGGCUGUCCUAAAAAUAUCUCUCCACCCUGUGAAAGUGAUUAGAGAUUUUUGUAUUUCUUUUGAAAUAUAUUUUACUCACCAUGUGUAUUACUACUACUCCUUUCUGAAUCUUUUGUCUAAACUUCCUGCUACUUCUGAAGCAGGCUUGUGUAUUAUGAAUCUUUACACGAUAGAAAGAAUGAAUCAGCUACACAGUUAUAUGUACCAA